AUGUUUAAAGUACAGAGAAUUACUCAGCAUACAGUAAAACAAUUGUAUAACCAGAAUACGUACUCUAUACAUAUGCUUAUUUAUUCUAUUAUAUUAUAUAUUAAUAAUAUAUUUAUAUGUAAAUUAGUAUAUAAUAGGAUAAUCCUAUCUGUACACAUAUCAGAAUACGUUAUAAUAAUUAUUUCUACUGGUUUACUUUUUUAUGAUUAUAAAAAAAAUAAUUAUUUAACUCUUAUUAAGGAAAUACCUAUUAAAGGCAUUUUAUACAGUAAAUGUGCUGAUGAGUAUAUUAUACUGUGUAUACUGGAUGGCAAUAGAGUUAUAAGUACUAUUUACAAUACAAAAUUACUAGUAGAAUAUAGGAUAAGUAAUAGUAUAUGUAUAAAAAAUUAUGUAAAUCCUGUACUAAGUGUUAUAGAGAGGGGUAAAAAUAUUCAUGGAAUAGAAGAAAAUAGAAUUUGUGUAGAAUAUUCUGAUCAUAAAGUAUAUUUAAGGAAUUCGGGUGAGUGUUUUACUGAAAUUUCAACGGAAAUAUUUGAUAAAGGUAUAUUAAAAAGCAGAAAAACUGUUAGAAAUAUAUUUAUAGAUAGGAGAAAUCUACUUAGAAUAACACCAGGCCAGAUUACACAUAUAAGAAUAAGCACACACAGGAAUAUUCUAGCAGAAAAAACGAGCUAUACGAGGAUAUCAGAGACUUCUAAUGGACUAAUAAUAUAUACAGAAGGUGUUUCAGGUUAUAACAUAUACAGAGAAGAGUAUAAAUAUAUCUUAGAAGUACUAAACCCACGGGAUGAAGUGGAUUUAAAGGAGUCAGAGAAAGAUAGAAAACAUUCUAAAGAAAUAGUAUUUGGUGAAGGGCUUCCUUCUGUUAUAUUAACUCCUGUGCUAUACGCAUACAUAACAGAAAAAUAUAUUCAUCAAUUAUUAUAUACAGGCACUGUAGAAGUGUUUAUACGAAAUAAUGAGAAUAUAGAGUAUGUUAGGUCAUUUGGGCCUAUAUCUGUGCACGGUUUAACUGACUUUUACUGUUUUUCUACAUAUACGUCAUCAUUAGUAGUACUUGUAUAUGAAAAUUUACACUUUGAGGUAGUAGAGUAUUCAUACAAAGCAGAAAACUGUUCAUCAUUACCUGCGCCAGAUGGAAUAGUUGAUGUAAUGCGGUUUAGGAAAGAUAUUGUGAUAAAAUACGAUUCAGGCUAUGCGAAAUACUCCCUUAACAAGAAAAAGGUGCUUGAACAGAUGGAUUUAGAUGUAGAAACAGGAAUACUUCACUCAUUUGAUGCACCAAAUAUGAAUGUACAGCACUCUCCCGUGAUUUUUACUAAAUCCAAUGAUAAUAUUAUAUCUGUACACUGGAGAAAUUCAAUUUUAGUAAGAGAUAGCACUAUUAACAAUUUCUAUUUAUUACACCGUGGGUACAUAUAUUCAAAGGGGUUUAGGCUAAUCCUAACAAAAGAAGAAAUUUCUUUUCCUUUUACAAUAUAUUCACUUUCUGUUUAUAAUACAGCAGAAAGAAGUACUGUCCUUGUAUAUUUGUCUAGUGGUAGCAUACAUCUACUUUCUGUUGUUAAUGGGAGUGUAAUUGGAAGAUUAGAAUUAUACCAUAAAAUAUCUUGUAGUUGUUUACGCAUGCUAUCACUUGACUCGUUUUUAUGUAUUACAGGAAAUAAUACAUUAACGGUUUUUGGUGGUGAUGAGUAUAUUUAUCCAAUAUUACGUGUAAAAUUACCUGGGAUGAUUGAGGAUGUUUCUACUUCACAAAAUAAUAUUUUGGUUGUGACAGAUAAUAAUGAUAUAUACUGCUUAGAUAAGAUAGAUAUAAGAAAUUCUACAUACACUGACGACCCUUCACUAAUUAAUGUUGUACCUAUAGAAUAUUAA